AUGAGCACGUUUGCAUCGUUGAUGGAGAGCGCUCAGCGCGAGGACCCCAGGGCACAAUUCCUCCUCGGCCAAUACUUUGAGGAGGGUCAGGAGGGGUCCCAAAAGAACCCUGGUCAGGCCCUCCAAUGGUACACCAAGGCAGCCUACAACGGCGAAACCGACGCCCUCUUUCGAGCUGCCUAUUGCUACGAACACGGUAUCGGCACCGUCCCCAACAUCAAGGGUGCCGAGGACUGGUACACCGCAGCCGCCAACAAGGGCCAUCUCGAGGCCCAAUUCCAUCUGGCCGAGCUCUACUCGCGAGGAGGUGCUGGCGUGGCCAAGAAUCCCAAGGCGGCGUUUGAUUUGUACCUCAAGGCGGCCUAUGCGAGUCAUACGCCCUCGACCCGUCGUGUUGGAGAGUGUCUGAUGAAGGGUGAGGGAUGUCAGGCGACUGCUGAGGGAGCUUCGAUGUGGCUCGAGACGGCGGCCAAGAACGGGGAUGCGAAAUCGACGAUUCGUCUGGCAGAAUUGUAUACUACCGGGUCUGGAGACGCCUUUCCGGCGGAUGCCGAGAAGGCGUUUGGAUGGUGGAUGACGGCAGCGACGGCGGUUGAAGGGUCGAUUGAUGUGAUUGACAAGUCGUUGGCAGAGUACAAGGUUUCCGAGGCGUUGUUGAGCGGUAAAGGCACGGAAAAGAAUGUCAAGGUCGGAAUGCAGUGGUUGCUCCAGUCUGCACAGGAGGGUCAUCCAGAGGCCAUGCAUGUCUAUGCAAAGUUGCUCAACAACCCGCCUUCGGCCGAGAUUGUCAAGGAUACUGGCCAUGCGAUGGAGUGGCUCGAGAAGGCUGCGACUGCUGGAUGGGCCGAGUCGUUGUUGAGUCUUGGAAAUGCUCACCAGUAUGGCAUGUAUGGCAAGGUUGUCGAUUUUGAGCAGGCAUUUUACUUUUAUGAGAAGGCUGCGGAAAAGGGCAAUGGAAAGGCUAUGGCGACGAUUGGAAACAUGUACUCGCAAGGGCAAGGAACAACAAAGUCAGCCGAGAAGGCAUUCGAGUGGUGGCUCAAGGCCGCGCAGCUGGGAGUACCUGUUGCCCAGAACGAGAUUGGAUACUGCUACAGAGACGGAUGGGGCACGAAUCAGAACCACAAGGGCGCUGUCGAGUGGUUCACAGCAGCGGCCAACAAUGGACAUGCGGAUGCCUGCUGUGCGUUGGCUCUGUCUUACAUCAACGGUCGUGGAGUGCCCGCCAACAUGGAGAUGGCGUUCGAGUGGUUUAACAAGGGCGCGGAACUUGGAUCGGGCAAGGCGAUGUACAACCUCGGGAUGAUGUACAAGAAGGGCGACUUUGUGCAAAAGGAUGACAAGAAGAAGUUUGCGUGGUACGAGAAUGCGCUCCGGAAUCACUAUGAGGAGGCGGCGUAUGAUUUAGGAGUCUGUUACUUGAACGGCGAGAAUGGAUCCAAGGACCCGGCCAAGGCUCGGGAACUGUUUGUCCGAGCCAACAACAAUGCCAACUCUGCAGAGGCGUGUAUCAACCUGGCAGCGAUGGCUGUCAACGAGCGGAACGACUGGGCCGAGGCUUUCGACUGGCAGAUGGCGGCGGCGUCAAAGGGUCAUGCAAUUGGAAUGAGACGUGUGGCGAUCAUGUACAAGGAAGGCAAGGGAGUUGGAGUGAACCCCAAGGAGGCAAUGGGAUGGUUCUUGAGGGCAGCGCAGGCGGGAGAUGUGCCUUCGAUGGGUCAUUUGGCCAACUGUUACAAGACUGGGUUUGGAACUGAGAAGAACUUGGAGAACGCGACGACGUGGGAGAUCAAGGCCAUGCAAGGACAAGUCGUUGCCCAAGGCGCUCACUUCAAAUAG